CCCUUGCUGAGGCGGCGGACUGCCUCGGUGCGCCGUUUAUUUUCCUCCGGCUGUGAACCAUCAUGGCGGUGCCCUGUGGAAGGCAUGUGGUGUUCGUCACUGGAAACGCAAAGAAACUGGAAGAAGUCAUUCAGAUUCUCGGGGACAAGUUUCCUUCCAAAUUGGUGUCUAAAAAGAUCGACUUGCCUGAAUACCAAGGAGAGCCGGACGACAUAUCCAUUCAGAAGUGUAAAGAAGCUGCUCGGCAGAUCGACGGCCCAGUGAUUGUGGAGGAUACCUGCCUUUGUUUCAGAGCUCUCGGCGGACUACCCGGUCCUUACAUCAAAUGGUUUCUGGACAAACUGCAGCCAGACGGUUUGUACAGACUCCUCGCAGGGUUUGAAGAUAAAUCGGCGUGGGCUCUCUGCACCUUUGCCUUCUGUGCUGGCAAAGAUCAACCUGUGCAUCUUUUCAGAGGGCGGACUGAGGGUAAAAUUGUGGCGCCGAGGGGGCCCCCCGAUUUCGGUUGGGACCCUUGUUUCCAGCCAGAUGGAUAUGACCAAACGUAUGCUGAGAUGCCCAAAGCUGUGAAGAAUUCCAUCUCGCACAGGUACCGCGCGCUGGUCGCCAUGUCGGAGCACUUUUCACAGACAAACAACUCUUCGCCAGAAAACAAGAAGAAGAAGCAGGAGGACUAAACUGUUUAAUCUGUUGCAAAAUAAAAGCAGAAUCAAUUUACUCUA